GAGGCCGCCCGCCGCCCCCUCGCCCCUCUGAGGCCAUGGAGCUGCUGCGGGGCCGCGGCCGCUGCUGCCGCGGGGAUUUCGGCUGGCCACGGGGACCCUCGGCGCGUUUGCCAUGGUGACAUGAAGCGGGCGGCGAGGGACGCCGGGCUGCUGGAGGGGAGAGAGCCUGCGCGCGCGCGGGCGCCCUGCUAGAAGUUUAAUUUAUUAGUAGUAGCAUUGCUCGAUCUCGUUUUACCUUUUUUUUUUGUGGUGGCGGUGUACGUCUCUUCCCCUCCCCUGGGGCUGGAGAGGGGAGGGGAGCGGGCAGGGGAGGGGGCCCCAACUCGCCCGUGGAUGCAAGGAUGACUGUGCUGGCGAGGGCCCGCAGGGGUGUCCGCCAGGUAUCUCCCCAGGUCGUGCUGCUCCUGCUCUUCGCCUUCUGCCUGCUCAGUGUUUUCGUCUCGGCGUAUUAUUUAUAUGGCUGGAAACGGGGCUUGGAGCCCUCCGGGGACGUGCCGGGGCCGGACUGCGAUGAACCCAAGGUCGCCCCUUCCCGCUUGCUCCCGCUGAAGGCCCUCAAGGUGGCCGAUUCCUCCCGCACGGACCCCUUGGUGCUGGUGUUCGUGGAGAGCCUCUACUCCCAGCUGGGCCAGGAGAUCGUGGCCAUUUUGGAGUCGAGCCGCUUCAAGUACAGGACAGAGAUCGCCCCGGGGAAGGGGGACAUGCCCACGCUGACCGACAAGGACCGGGGACGCUUCGCGCUCAUCAUUUACGAGAACAUCCUCAAGUACGUCAACCUGGACGCCUGGAACCGGGAGCUGCUGGACAAGUACUGCGUGGAGUACGGCGUGGGCAUCAUCGGCUUCUUCAAGGCCAACGAGAACAGCCUGCUGAGCGCGCAGCUGAAGGGCUUCCCCCUCUUCCUCCACUCCAACCUGGCGCUGAAGGACUGCAGCAUCAACCCCAAGUCGCCCCUGCUGUACAUCACGCGCCCCAGCGAGGUGGAGAAGGGCGUGCUGCCCGGCGAGGACUGGACCGUCUUCCAGUCCAACCACUCCACCUACGAGCCCGUCCUCCUGGCCAAGACCAAGUCGGCCGAGUCGAUCCCGCACAUGAGCGUGGACGCGGCGCUGCACACCACGGUGAUGCAGGACCUGGGCCUCCACGACGGCAUCCAGAGGGUGCUUUUUGGCAACAACCUCAGCUUCUGGCUGCACAAGCUGGUCUUCGUGGACGCCGUCUCCUUCCUGACGGGCAAGAGGCUCUCGCUGCCCCUCGACCGCUACAUCCUGGUGGACAUCGAUGACAUCUUCGUGGGCAAGGAGGGCACCCGCAUGAAGGUGGAAGAUGUCAAGGCGCUGUUCGACACGCAGAACGAGCUGCGCACCCACAUCCCAAACUUCACCUUCAACUUGGGAUACUCAGGGAAAUUCUUCCACACAGGUACUGACGCCGAGGACGAAGGCGACGACCUGCUGCUGUCCUACGUGAAGGAGUUCUGGUGGUUCCCGCACAUGUGGAGCCACAUGCAGCCCCACCUCUUCCACAACCAGUCGGUUCUGGCCGAGCAGAUGACCUUAAACAAGAAAUUCGCUGUCGAGCACGGCAUCCCCACCGACAUGGGGUACGCGGUGGCCCCCCACCACUCGGGUGUCUACCCCGUCCACGUGCAGUUGUACGAAGCCUGGAAGCAGGUUUGGUCGAUCAAAGUCACGAGCACGGAGGAGUACCCCCACCUGAAACCUGCUCGCUAUCGCCGUGGCUUCAUCCACAACGGCAUCAUGGUCCUCCCCCGGCAAACCUGCGGCCUCUUUACGCACACCAUCUUCUACAACGAAUACCCCGGGGGCUCCAGUGAGCUGGACAAAAUCAUCAACGGGGGCGAACUGUUCCUGACGGUGCUCCUCAACCCCAUCAGCAUCUUCAUGACCCAUUUGUCCAACUACGGCAACGACCGCCUGGGCUUGUACACCUUCAAGCACCUGGUCCGCUUCCUCAACUCCUGGACCAACCUGAAGCUGCAGACGCUGCCGCCUGUGCAGCUGGCACAGAAAUACUUCCAGAUCUUCUCCGAGGAGAAGGAUCCUCUGUGGCAGGAUCCCUGUGAGGACAAGCGGCACAAAGACAUUUGGUCCAAAGAAAAGACCUGUGACCGGUUCCCAAAGCUUCUCAUCAUCGGGCCUCAAAAAACAGGAACAACUGCCCUUUAUCUCUUCUUGGGGAUGCACCCGGACCUGAGCAGCAACUACCCCAGCUCAGAGACCUUCGAGGAGAUACAGUUCUUCAACGGACACAACUAUCACAAGGGCAUUGACUGGUACAUGGAGUUCUUCCCCAUCCCCUCCAACACCACCUCCGAUUUCUACUUUGAAAAAAGUGCCAACUACUUUGACUCAGAAGUUGCUCCCCGGCGAGCUGCGGCCCUGCUGUCCAAGGCCAAAGUGAUCACGAUCCUCAUCAACCCUGCAGACCGAGCCUACUCCUGGUACCAGCACCAGCGAGCCCACGACGACCCGGUAGCCCUGAAGUACACCUUCCACGAGGUGAUCACGGCCGGGUCUGAGGCUGCUGCGAAGCUCCGGGCCCUGCAGAACCGCUGCCUGGUGCCGGGCUGGUACGCCACGCACAUCGAGCGCUGGCUCAACAGCUUCCACGCCAACCAGAUUCUUGUCCUGGACGGCAAGCUGCUCCGAACAGAACCUGCCAAAGUGAUGGAAACAGUCCAGAAGUUCCUCGGGGUGACCAACUUCAUCGAUUACCACAAAACCCUGGCGUUUGACCCAAAGAAAGGAUUCUGGUGUCAGCUUCUGGAAGGAGGGAAAACCAAAUGCUUGGGGAAGAGCAAAGGGAGGAAGUACCCCGAGAUGGAUUCGGAUUCGCGAGCCUUCCUGCGGGACUAUUACAGGGACCAUAACAUCGAGCUCUCCAAGCUCCUGUACAAAAUGGGGCAGACGCUGCCCACCUGGCUGCGCGAGGAGCUGCAGAGCACCAGGUGACGGAGGAGCAACUCUGGGCGUGCUAGAGGUGACUUGUGCUGAGCUGGAGCAGAGGAGAGGAGCUGGUGGAGAGCCGACACAUGAAGUGACCCUGCCCCUAACGGCAGGAAACGGGAGUUUUCUGGAUUCCCCCCAAACCCAGCUCUAAAAACGGGAAGAAAGGCGUCUUUUUGUUUCCAAGACUCGGAUGCUGUUUCGUUGGUCGUCUUCGUUUGUUUUCAGUCUCCUCCACCUCUUCCCGGUCUGUGAGCAGUGCGGUGGGACCUCUGUCGAGCAGAAAAAAGAGGCUGGGGUGCUCGCAGCCCCUGCCCUGCGAUGUUUUACACGUGUGGUGGUUCCUGUGGUACAGCCCCGAGGCGCCCGGCGGCCUCCGACCUGCGCGGGCCCUCGGGACGGGGGCAGACUUUGAGAUAACUUCAGUCAGAAGGAUGCUGAGAACUUCGAACCUCUUGAAUAUUAAAAGCUAAAAGUAUUUUAAUAAUGUUGGGGCGUGGGGGGGGGGGAGGGCUCGUUUCGUUCUCAUUUUGCAGGGUGUUGUUUUAAUUCGGUGCCAGAAUUUGUACCUAAACCCCGAGGGUUUCACGUGGUCUCUUUGGCUGUUACACGCGACGUGGACAAAGGUCCGGGGAGGGGGGCGAACUGGGGCAGGUUUCCCAAGCAGAGACGUGUCUUUGUAUUGCAGUGGUGGAGUACAGGAGCCGCAGCCCCACUUCUGCCUCUCCCUCACUCCCUCUGUGUGCCUGGGUGUCCGCUGCCACCUUGCAUCAGCGGGGUUUGCCAGCACGUCCCCGGCCCUGUCCCUGGCUGCCCUGGCAGUGAGCGUGCACCAGGCUGCGUGUGUAUGAGUGUGUGUGUGAGUGUGUGUGAGUGUGAGUGUAGCAGUGCCAACACUGAGCCAUGCUGGGUUGCUGUGGGGAAGGGCCCCAGUUUCCUCGUGGAUGCUGCGGGAUGCGUGUGCCAAAGGCUCGGGAAGGGCAGCCCUGGAGGUGGAUGGGGUGGAGGGGGAGGACUUUGGUGCUGCGCAGCCCAGCGCUGCCUGGGCUCGGGGUGCAGCGACGGGCACCCCCUUCCCGCAGGGACCAAGGGGGCUGCGUGCCCCCCCCCCCCCCACAGCCACAGCAGCGCCGGAGGAGCAGCCGAAGGUACAGGAGAAGGAGAUGGGGAGGAGGGAAGGAUGCGUGCUUUCUCCAGCCCCAGGGACGUUUGGGGUCCCCAGGACAAAGUCGGGGUGCCCCUGGCUGCCCCCCUGCGGCCGGGGACCCGAGCCAGCCCCCGCCGUGCCCAGCACCCAGCAAAGUCCAGGCAGCGGAGGGGAGAGCAGCAGAACCGUGGGGCUCUUCCCCCCAUUUCACUUUCUGGAUGACGGAGCCCCGCUCCCCGUGGGGCUUCCCACCCUUUUAUUUUUGCAUGAGCCUCUGUAGGGCCCGGGGCCGCAGGGGCUGCCCUGCCCCUCUGCCCACCUCGGCUCCGUCCAAGCCCAUCCCCGGGGUUGCGUUCAGGGCGUCCCAGUCUCUGAUGUAAGGUCCUGUUGAACUAACUGCUAAUAAAACGGGGUUCGCUGGUUUUA